GUUUUCAAUUACUAUUUCACGCGGCACCAAGCUGUUGAUGACAUCCUUCACGCUAAAUUGUCAGCCACAGACUCUUCCCUGGCUGGCUUUCCAGAGAGGACCUCCCGGGGAAGAUCCAGCCAACCAUCCGGCGUGCGUGGACCACCGGUGUGACGCGCGGGGAUGUGUGCGCCGACUGAAGGGCGUGACUUUGCCACGGCUGGUCUCCUACUUCUUCUUUGUUCCACCUCUGUCACCUCCAAAGGUGCUCGAGGGGAUGUCCAAACCGCGGCGCAGGGCACCCUGCCGCACUUCAUCCAGGAGCCAGAAGACGCCUACAUAGUCAAGAGCAAUCCCGUUAAGCUGCGCUGUCGCGCCACACCCGCUUUGCAGAUCUUCUUUAAAUGCAAUGGAGAAUGGGUUCACCAGAACCAACACUUCUCCAAGGAGUAUAAAGACGUCAGCACUGGGCUUAAUGUGCGAGAGGUGCUGAUCAACGUGUCCCGUCAGCAGGUAGAGGAUUUUCAUGGCCCGGAGGACUACUGGUGCCUCUGCGUGGCUUGGAGUCACCUGGGUACAUCCAAAAGUCGCAAGGCUACUGUUCGCAUCGCAUACCUGAGAAAAAACUUUCAGCAGGACCCACAGGGAAAGGAAGUGCCGAUCAAUGGGAUGACCGUCCUGCAUUGCCGCCCACCGGAGGGAGUGCCUGUGGCCGAGGUGGAAUGGUUGAAGGAUGAAGAGCUUGUGAGUUCCCUCACUGACGCCGGGGCAGACUACAACCUGGUCAUAAAUAAGGCUCGUCUCUCGGACUCCGGCAACUACACCUGCCUGGCGAGCAACAUCGUGGCCAGGAGACAAAGUACCACGGCCACGGUGAUAGUCUUUGUGACAGGCGGCUGGUCCCUGUGGACAGACUGGUCCUCCUGUGACGUGCCGUGUGGACGCGGUGUGCAGAGGAGGUCACGGACCUGUACUAACCCGGCACCGCUGAACGGUGGCGCUUUCUGCCAAGGCAUGUCUGUACAGAAGAUAUCCUGCAACCCCCCCUGUCCAAUUGACGGAGGCUGGGAUGAGUGGAGCCAAUGGACGGCGUGCGGGAGACAGUGUGAGAGACAACGUAGUCGCGGGUGCAAUUCCCCGGCACCCAAACACAGAGGCAAGAUGUGCCAAGGGAGCUCCCAGUCUAUUGACAAUUGCACAGAUGGACAGUGUACACAAGGUAUGGACAGUUCCAAUGACGUGGCUCUAUACUCUGGCCUGGGAGCUGGCAUUUUUGCCGUGGGUAUCUUGGCAGUGGUUAUCAUGCUGUACAGGAAACAUCCGAGUGGAUACGGUGAGGAUGCUAUUGAUUCCUCUGCACUCGCUGGGGGAUUCCAGUCUUUCAACUUCAAGACUGCCGGACAAGGCAACCCCCUGCUUCUCAACUCAUCCAUACAAGCAGAUUUAAGUGUGGGACGCGCCUACAGCACUCCCCUGUGUCUCCGGGGCGCUGCAGACAAAGCACUUUUUCAACCCUUUCCAGACAUCAAGGUGAAAGUGCAAAACUCACUCAUGGUCUCACUUGGUGUAGCAGAAGGGACAGAGUUCCGUGCCAAAGCCCUCGUUGGGGCUUUCCCACAGGAUCAGAGGCAGGAUUACUGCAGCUCAAUAGACAAGACAGGUGUGCUCACCUUCAAUGGACCUUUGAGGACCUGUCGGGAGCAGCUGAGGACCACUGGUGUGUUUGGUUCCACUGGAGGACGACUGGUUCUACCUAAUACUGGAGUCAGCAUGCUGGUGCCUCAUGGAGCUGUGGCUGAAGAUAUGUGGUGGGAGAUGUACAUGGUGAUCAGUCUCGGGGAGGCAAGUGCAGAUACACUGGAAGGCUACCAAAUCCCCCUGAGCCCAGAGGUGACGUACGGUCCUCCUGGUCUAGACCUGGCCUGCCCAGUGGCCAUGACCAUGGCUCACUGUGCCGAGGUGGACUCUGAGAACUGGAACAUCCAGCUCAGGAGGAGGACCCAGGACAGUAAAUGGGAGGAGGUGAUGCUGGUGGAGGAUGAGUCCACGUCCUGUUACUGUCUGAUGGACCCAAGCAGCUGCCACUUGCUGCUGGACCAGCCUGGUUCAUACGCCCUGGUGGGUGAACCCCUUACCCAGGCUGCCAUCAAGAGGCUGAAGCUGGCCGUGUUUGGCAACGUGGAAACCACUUCCAUGGACUACAGCCUGCGGGUGUACUGUGUGGAUGAUACGCCACUUGCUUUUCAGGGAGUUGUGAGAGCAGAGAAGAGCAGAGGGGGUCAGCUCCUCCAAGAGCCAAAGAUCUUGCCUUUCCUAGCAAACACCUUCAGUCUCCAGGUAUCCAUCCAGGAUGUUCCCCAGUUCCUGUGGGGCAUUAAACCCUUUACCACGUUUCAGGAAUUCUCCUUCUCCCAAGUGUGGUGCAGCAAGCAGCAGCCCCUGCAUUGUGCCUUCUUUCUGGAGAGAUUCAGCCCAGCCAGCACCCAACUCUCCUGCAAAAUCAGCGUGAGCCAGGUCAAAGGGCAUGAUCAAAUCCUGCAGGUUUCCACAGUCGUUGGUGAGACUCCUAAGGAGCUGGUUCCAAUGUGGAUGGAGACAGACUGCACCAUCACAUCCCAGACAGGGCCCAAGGCCUUCAAAGUCCCAUCAUCCAUCCGCCAGAGGAUUUGCGCCACGUUUGACACUGCCAGCGCCGAGGGAAAGGACUGGCAACUGUUGGCCCACAAGCUCUACUUAGAUCGAAACCUGGGUUAUUUUGCAAAGCAGCGGAGUCCAUCUGCUGUCAUAUUGAGCCUGUGGGAGGCUCGCCACCAGGACACUGCUGACCUCCACUCUCUUGCCAGUGCCCUCGAGGAAAUUGGCAAUAUCCACGACAAACGUUAUCCUAAGGAUCAGAAUGAGCAUGAGACUAACUUCAACCAAACACAGAAAGAUAGCCUGGGAGGAACAUGUACAUUUUCUAAUUACAACGCAGUGGAGUCAAGGUAUCAAUAGUCAGUCUGAGAAGAAACUAUCAUAUAAUUGUUACACUUUGGUUUAAGGUCAACACAACUAAACAGGUGGAGGUAAAACUUGACCUGCUGUAUAUUUUAAUCAAGAUUAACCAUCUACAAACCCAAAACCUUCUUCACUUUAUUUUGUGUUUACAAUUUAGUUGAGACAUGAUAUGUCAAGAAAGAGGGAAUGGACAAUGCGAAGAAUAUCAUCAUCAUCUCCUAAAUCCUGUCCCUGAAGGUCUAGAUUUAUUCUAAACCUUAGACUUGCUGUUUGUUGUAUUAAGCAAAAUAUAAAUAUCAUUCAUAGCAUCUAGUCGGAGUGAUUGCCUGGUGGGGUGAGAUGUCCAGCUGUGGAAUUAAAGAUAGCAGUUUUCUUUCACCUACAAGAUAGCAUGGCACAGGGUGUAGGAGGGUAUGUCAGUCGAUGGCGGAGGGUGUGUCUGUCCAUGG